CUUUUGCUCUUGCAUGGUCUAUAAAACACAUCAUGCAGACCACCGCGUUGACAACUGGGCGCUCGGCUACCAUACUCCUGCUCGUCGCGGUAGCCGCCUUUCUGUGCCUCAUAAUCCCUCUCCGCUCCGGCACACUCGUCGCCAGAGCCGAGCCACAGAGCAGCGAGUCUUGGUCGCACCCGCUCAACGACAACCCAAAGUACUGGCUGGAUCCCAAGUUCUGGCUCCCAGAAUACUCGGAGGUGUGGGGCGCGGGGCCUUUCCCGUGGUCCGCCGCGGCCAAGUUGGACGACGGUGCAUCGGCGGCGGCGAAUGCGGCGACGGGCGCGGCAGACGCGGCAGCGAACGCGGCAGGGUCGGCGGCAGGGGCGGGCGGCGCCGCGGCGGGCGCAGUGGCGGCAGCAGCGGGCAAGGCGGCGGGGGCGAGUGAAAAGCGCUGGAUGCAUCGUGAGAUGAUACCGAUCGACCGUCUCCCGUCGCCCUCCCACUUGUGGGCGCAGCCUCGGGAUUGGUUCUAGAACUACAGCCGUCUGAGCGUCAGGCAGCCCUCGGCUCUCAUCUACACAUUCUUCUC